UCUCAGACGACAAAAAAGAACUUGUUUUCGCCAAAAAGUAAAAUCGUAUUUUAACGCCCCCGUUAUUUUUAACCGGGAUGCUCAUACCGGCGACGAAGAACAACGGAUUUUUUCUGCUGCAUCACCGCUUUUGGCGGCACACUAGUGUCAAACUGUCGACGGUUGGCAGCGGAUGCAAUGGUGUUUUGACUGCCGCCGUCGGUCAUCGUAUUGUCUCGUUAAAACCGCGUACCUCGAAAUCUUAAUGUUGCCGUCAAAAUUCUGAUUGUUAAGUUCUCCACAAAGAAAGAAAAAUAACCCACCAAUUAACCAUGAAGGUAACCGUAACCACCCUCACCGACGACAUCUUCGUCCUUGACGUCUCCGAAGACUUGGAGUUAGAAAAUUUUAAAGCUUUCUGCGAAGUCGAAAGCGGCGUUCCAGCAAUCGAAUCCGUCAUCGCUUUUAACGGCCGCCCUUUAAUGGACAAUAAGAAAUCUUUGAAAGAAUUAGGAAUCAAGGAUGGGGACGUUGUUAUAUUGCAACACAUGGUUCAAUCUGGUUCUCAUGGUCAAUCUAAUCCCGUUCCAACUUUAGAUUUUAGUAAUAUUCAUGUUCCUGGAUCUGCAGGUGGAGGAGGUAGUGUUCGACAACCUUCUAGACCUCCUAGAGACAUUAGAAAUACUUCGGAAGAUGAUCCUGUUAUGAUAAGAGAUAUGUUUCUUGCUAACCCUGAUCAACUUGCACUUUUAAAACAGAAUAAUCCUAGAUUAGCUGAUGCUUUAUUAAGUGGAAGUGUUGAAACUUUUGCAUCUGUUCUUCACGAACAAGUUCAAGCUCGUCAAGAUCGUGAAAGACAACGUAUAAGAAUGAUGAAUGCUCAUCCGUUCGAUACGGAAGCUCAAAGAUUAAUCGCUGAGGAAAUCCGACAAAAAAAUAUUGAGGCGAAUAUGGAAGCUGCGAUGGAAUAUAACCCGGAAUCAUUUGGAACGGUGGUCAUGCUCUAUAUUAAUUGUAGAGUAAAUGGGCAUCCGGUGAAAGCAUUUAUUGAUUCGGGUGCACAAACUACAAUUAUGUCGAGUGCUUGCGCGGAACGGUGUAAUAUUAUGCGUUUGGUCGAUACUAGAUGGGCAGGAAUUGCGAAAGGUGUUGGGGUGCAAAGAAUUAUCGGUCGAAUUCACAUGGUUCAAAUACAAAUUGAUAAAGAUUAUUUGACGACUAGUUUUUCCGUUUUAGAGGAACAACCCAUGGAUAUGUUACUUGGGCUAGAUAUGUUAAAACGCCAUCAAUGUUCUAUAGAUUUAAAAAAAAAUGUUUUAAGAAUCGGAACAACGGGAACGGAAACACAAUUUUUAGCUGAAAGUGAUUUGCCAGAAUGUGCACGUUUAAGUUCGAUUUCAGAGGAAGAUCUAAUGGCUCAAUCGAAAAAAAUGGCUGAAGACCAUGAAGUGCAAGAGGCUAUAAAACGAAGCAGGGAAUCGUCAAAUAGAGGAGCUUCAACUAGUACGGACGCUGCCCCACAAUUAACACCAAUAAAUGAUCUCAAUCCAGGCGAUAAAUUUACAGAGUCAGAUGUAACAGAGUUAAUGGCGUUGGGAUUUCCACGUGAUCAAGUCAUAUCGGAGUUAAGGCAAUUUAAUGGCGAUAAAAUCCAAGCAACAGCUGCGCUGUUCGCAAAGUCUUUAAAAUUUUAAUCGAUUUUUUUAAUGAAAAAUAAAGACACUUUUUAUAUGAAAUGUCACCAUGUACUUUGUAAAUACUAACUACAUAUUAUACUUCCAAUACUGAUUUAUUUUAUUUAAAAAAAGCAGUAGUGUUUUUAAUGGCACAAUAAUUUUUAAGAAUCAUUUUGGUAAGGAGGCAUAUUUUUUGAUUCAGUUCACUUGGUAUAUUAUUUCCUCUUUUAUCGUUCAUUUUUUACCUAAGAUUUUCACUUUUGUAAUAAUUCAUUUGGAACAUUAAAUCACGCAUUUGUAAGGAUUAUAUGGAUAAGGAAGCAAAAUAAAGACUGAUAAAACAGAAA